AACAGCUAUACUGCAAUUGAAACGAUAGAUAGAUUUGACAGACAAGCAAAAAGGUUUGCAAGUCAAGAUUGGCGCAAGUCUUAUCUAGGUAGGAAUUCGAUCGAGUGUGUUCCUUCGAUUGAAUCAAGCUCUACAGACUUCUCAUCUUCGUUGCGGAUUUACCACACCUAUACCAGUUCUAGGGUCUACCAGUGUUUUCGUCGAUGAGACACAUGUACAGACCUCGGAGGGGUAGUAGCACGACGAAGGUGUUUCAUCUGUUAGUUGCGUUUCGACCUAUUCUAUCCACAUCUGAAACUUUGGUAUCAUGCCAACAGAAUGCGGUCCAUCAUCUUAUUGAGCACGUUCUGCGGGCUCAGGACAGCGUGGCGGAGAUAGGCAGAGGUAGGCGCAUUGAUGUGGCGGUUUUUGUUGAAGCAAAUCGUGCCCGGCCUAAGCGGCAGGGAUUGCGCAUGUCCUUAUCACCACUGCUCAGGUAGAAGCAUGCUUGAACACUGUAUUGAAGUAAUAGGAUUGUACCAUGAGAACAUAGCUCUGCGCAUGCACUGCGAGUCGGUCGUUAAUGUCGACAAAUAGAUCAUCCGCCCUGAUUCAGGAUCGAGGACCAUAAGCCCUGGGUUAGUUACGAGAUGCUGUUUUUAUAUUAAAUCUACUUAAAUACGGUAUAUCAGCACCAUGAUGGAAACCCUAAAUGAAAUUCUCGUGCUUCCCGCAGAUGACAACCCGACAAGUGUUACUCACUUGUAGCGUGUCUCUUACUACACAUCAC